GUUAUUUCCAUUACCUUUUUUCAACUGAUUGAUAUGCGUUGGCAUCUAGCAAUGUUACGUCACGCAUUCAAUUGUCAGGAGCGAUUUACCGGUUAGUUGAACUUGAGAGUUGAACAGUCACGCAGCCAAUGAAACUGGAGCUCCAAAAAAAAUAACAGAAAAAAACAGGAACGUUCACUUCAACGUAGUGCGCCAAAAAUAUUGAACACUUGCAAUUUUUCAUUAAUUUGAUUGAUUUUUUUUUGGGAAUUUACGAUGGGUUUGCAAGAUUAUAAGCAACUCGUGGGGAAUUCAGCUGCAAUAUGUACGAUGGCUCACAUGCUAUCUGGAACAUUAGUUUGUUGGAAUAUUUACCUCAAGGGCACCUCCGAUGGAUCCGAUCCAAUGCCGUUUAUCGGGGGAAUUGCAAUGGGAUUCCUCAUGCUCCAGUAUUCCUUCAUUCUCAAGGAUCCAGCUAUGCUGAGCGUCAAUAUCUUUGGUUUGGCGACUAGUAUAAUUUAUGUCGUGGUAUUUUAUAUUUAUUCAUCAAAGAAGAAUGAAAUUUCCACGACGAUAGUAAAAAUGCUCAGCGUAGUCGGAACACUUAUGAUAUAUGCAAAAAUGGAGAAUCCAGUAGUUCUCGAGUUCAGAUGGGGGAUUCUAACGACUCUUGCACUUUUUAUGCUGAUAGCUGCACCACUGGCUAAUCUCGGACAAGUGAUAAGAACGAAAAGUACAGAGGUCCUUCCAUUCCCUAUGAUAGCAAUGGGCACUUUGGUGUCUGCUUUAUGGCUGUUGUACGGAGUAAUUAUCGACAAUUCAUUCAUCAUCCUACAAAAUGUCGUGGGAAUUGGGCUCUACAUCAUCCAGCUCUCCCUUUUCGUAAUAUAUCCAUCGAAACCUGCAUCUGACAAACCGGAGAAGAAAAUUCAAUGAAAUUUGUCAAUUAAAAAGACUUUAACGUUCCAUUCCAGAAUGUUAUUAUGCAUUCCAAUCGAUCAUUUAUUGAUUGUUUUUUUAAAAGAAUAUUCUUCUCUAGACAACUUGGACAAAAAUAUUUUUAUAAUUGAGUAGAAAUUGAGCAAUGUAAAUAGACUUUUUGUAAAUGCAAUUUUAACAAAAUAAAUUUGACUGUCGACAAAUGAA